AUGCCAUUAUUACGUAUUAAUAUUGUUAUUUUAUCAACAGCUUUUUCAUUACAAUCAAUUUUACAAGGUGGGCAAUCAGCAUUAUAUGUUUUUUCAUAUAUUUUAAAAAAAGAUAUAAAUAUUGAUGUAUGUUCAGCUAUAAGACUUUUUGGUAAUACUGUUCAUGGAAUUGUUGAUUUUAUUCCAUUUAGUCUUGCUGUCAUACGGUAUAAUAUAAUUUUUAGAAAAGAAAAAAAAAUGACAUUAUUUUGGAUUUCUCAGGUAAUUUUAGUUAUUAUACGUUUAACAAAUGGAAUAUAUCCAACUAUAUCAAGUACUUCUAAAUAUGUAUCAAAUAGUGCUUGUGGUUAUGUUAAAAGUAAUAGUGAUAAUUUUAUGAAAGGUCUACAAAUUUUUUCAAUUUCUUCUGAAAUAAUAUUUCCAAUAAUAGCAUUUAUAAUAAAUAUAAUUAUACUAGAUAAAGCAUCAAGGAAUCUUAAAAGACCAGAAAAAGAAAGUGGAAAAAAAGAACAAAAACAAUUAUUUUGGAGUUUAACAAUACAAAUUUUAAUGCCAUUUUUUUGUCAUUUACCAUCUAUUCAUUUAGCAAUCUUAAGAAUGACCGGUUUUCAUGAAACUGUUCUUCAUGUUAUUAUUGUAGAUACUUUAAAUACUAUUGCUUACUCACUUUGUGUUCUUUCAAUUAUAAGAUAUAAUAAAGUUGUAAGACAAACUAAUAAACAUUUUUGGAUUUUUUGGAUUUUUCAAUUAUUUUUUAUAAUAAUAAGAUUAUUAGCUGGAAUAUAUCCUACAAUAUCUAAAGAUUAUGUUCUUGAAAAUGAUUUUUCUUGUGUAUAUGUUAGAAAUAUUCAUGAUACUUUUAUGAAUGUAUUAAGAAUGUUAUCAUUAACAUUUGAAAUAAUAUUUCCAAUUAUUGGUUUUAUUGUAAAUAUUAUAAUUUUAUAUAAAACACUACCAAUGUUCAAAUCCUCAGUACGUAAAGAUGAAAGAAAAGAACAAAAACAAUUAUUUUGGUUUAUGACAAUACAAAUUUUAAUGCCUUUCUUAUUACACAUACCUUCUAUACAUGUUUUUAUACUAAGAAUAUCAGGAUUUCGAAUUAGUCUAACAUAUCUUUUUACCUGUGAAACAUUAAAUACAUUUGCCUACUCAACAUCAGUUUUUAUUUCUACAUUAUUUGUACCUAAAUUAAAACAUAUAUUUUUUGGAAUUUGUUAUACUUCUCCUCAUUCAAAUAAUAGAACUGUAAAAAGAGUUCCAUAUUAA